CACCCGUAACCGAGCCUGAUCACCUCGAAGCCUCUCUCUCAGCUCACGUGUAUCAAACAGAGCUUCUACGUUUACUGGUCAUUAUGCGUUGGUUUGUGUUUCACCUCUCAGCAAUGGAACCAACAUCCUUGCAGUCUCACAACCAUCCCAGGACCUACAAUCUGCAAAUGCCGGUGACCUUUGACGAUGUGGCUGUGUAUUUCACACAGGGGCAGGGGGCUCUGCUGGACCCCACCCAGAGAGCCCUCUACAGGGAAGUCAUGCAGGAGAACUACGAGACAGUGACCUCGCUGGGUAAGGGAUUCCCGUCCCCUUGCAUAUUGGAAGCUGCAGAGGGUCUGUGUGUCUGA